GGGGGUGCAAGGUCUUGGCGCUACGCCGCUGGCUCCCUGAUCAGAUUGAGACUCUGAUUAGUUGGCGUAUAUAUAACAAGCGUGUGAGCUGAACGUGCCCAGUGGAGUCUAAUAGACGCUUCGUGUAGAUCUUUUAGAGCUGAUCCGAGACAAAAUGUGGUUUCAAAUAGUUGCCGUAGUCCUGCUAAUGGGCACAGCGCAUGCCCAGAGCAACCAUAUCGAUGAGGGCUAUGAGGCGGAGAUGGGCGAGUUUAUGGACCUGCUGCCAGAUCCUGACGAGGUGGACAUUGGCAUACGCGGCGACUUUGAAGAGGAGCAGCCCGACGAUCUGCAGUCCACGCUGGAGGCGGAUGAGUACGAGGGCGCCGAGCAUUGUGUGUGGAACAAGUGCGACAACGAUCUGAGCGAGUCACGUGGCAUUGGCAGCUUUCUGGACUUGUCGUUCCUGAAGAAGAUUGCCGGAAAUCUGAAUCCCUUUGGCACCACACGCCAUCGCAUGCUCUUUUAUUUGUUCAAGCGCGAGUUUCCCGAGUGCGGACGCGAGCUGGAUUUCCAAAACGAGCAGAAGUGGCGCCAUGCCGGCUUCAAUAGAUCGCUGCCCACCCGUCUCAUCAUUCACGGCUGGAUGAGCCAGUCGCGCGGCUCCUUCAACCGGGACGUGAAGAACGCCUAUUUGAGGCACGGCGACUAUAAUGUGAUCGUUGCCGACUGGAGCGCCAGUUCCGCCAACAUCAACUACUUCUCCGUGGUUCAACUAAUCGAGGAGUUCGGUGCCCAGCUGGCGCAGUUCACACGUGAUCUGCAUCGCCAGUUCCAGGCCAGCUACGAUGACAUGUACCUGGUCGGGCAUUCGCUGGGCGCCCAAAUAGCCGGCGCCGCGGGCAAACGCCUCAAGCCCGAGCAGUACAAUACGAUCUUCGCUCUGGAUCCGGCUGGUCCGAAAUUUCGCCAUCGCAGUGCCCAGUUCCGCAUCGAUCCCAGCGAUGCCAAGUAUGUGGAGUCCAUGCACACCAGCGGCAACUUUGGCUUCCUGAAGCCCACGGGCAGCGCCACCUUCUAUCCGAACUAUGGACUCCGUCAACGCAACUGCUUCUACUUGGGCUGCUCGCACAUACGCGCCUAUCAGAUGUUCGCCGAGUCCAUCAACUCCCCGACUGGCUUCUGGGGCACGCCCUGCAAGCGGGAGAGGCGCAAGUGGCAGUGUGACCAGAGCCAGCGACAAGCGCACCGAAUGGGCGGCGAACCAUCCGUGCCCAAGACUGGCAUCUAUUACGUGAAGACCUCCUCCAGCGAUCCAUUCGCUCUGGGCAGAUAAUGCCCACGACUUUGUGACUAUGUUGAUCAAAUAUCAUAUUAACUGCCAAUCCUAGACAAAUCUAGAUUUAUCAAAGCCCAAAGAGAGUUAACAAAAGUUGUAGCAAAGAUUAUAAUAUUACAGUUCCAGCUCAAUCUCAAGUUCAAUCUUAAGUGCAAUUUU